AGGGAAAGAAGAGUCACAGAUCUUCAAAGAGAGGUGCUGUGGGACUGAAGAGCCGAGACAUGAGGACUCCAAGCUUGCUGGGGGUUGCACUCCUCUGCCUGUCUGCCAUGGCAGCUGCAAUGGAUAAUGACACUUUGUCAAUAGAAGAAGGGCAGAACGAGACCAGUCUCUUAAAAUGGCGCUGUCAUGGAAGGAAAUACAGGGACUGGUACAAAGUGGGCCCCUAUUGUAUGAAGUAUUUCAACACACCACUCAGCUUCGCUAAUGCCGAGAUUACUUGCAGGCAAAAGGCUCCAGGUGGUCACCUGGCCUCAGUGCACAAUGCCCGUGCAAACGCUGAUCUCAUCCGCAUUGUGAAGAAACGCAGCCGCGGUCAGUGGUCUAUCUGGUUGGGUGGAAUGCGGCUGUGCAAGUCAUCGAGAUUCAUCUGGACGGAUGGUUCUCACUGGAAUUUCCAGAAAUGGGCUCCAGGUGAACCGAACAACGCUUGGAACAAUGAGAACUGUAUGGAGAUGUACAUAAAAUACAUCGGCUACUGGAAUGAUUUUCCGUGUGAAGGACUGAGACCUUUCGUUUGCGCCUUCAAAUCGCACAAGCGGCAGCAGGAGCCGGAAGACUGAAAAAUGCUGGAAUCGCUCUACGGCACGGCUUAUAAAAAUCAGGCGGUAUGAAAAGACAAGCGAAGGGGGGGGAAAGUCAUGCAACGUGCGAUAUGAGCAAAGAAUCGCAAAUGUUUUAAAUGCUUCGCUGAACUCAUGCAAAAAAAAUAAAUAAAAAUAAAUAAAUAUCAACCGUA